UACUAAAAUGGCGGCAGUAACGUUAGCUUUGAAAUUUAAAAUUUCGAGUUUCUUUUUGUAUGGCGUCUGAAAGUAACCUUAAAUUAAUGUGGCGUUGAAUACCCACAUACACAUUUCUCCGCUGUAUUUAUCACAUAUUAAUAGCUAAUGGACUCGGUCGUGGGGGAAGACCAGACUCUACCUCUUGACUUUAAUGGAAGCUCCAACAUGUCCAGGCUUCCAGACUCAGAGACAGUUGGUGGCGGAGGUUUUGCUAUGGAAACUGUGACAGCAUCCGAGUAUCCUGGACGGAAAAUGUCACCAGUGAAACCUCUAACCAUGAAAGACUACGAGAACCAAAUCACUGGACUGAAGAAAGAAAAUUUCAACCUCAAGCUGCGCAUUUACUUCAUGGAAGAGCGCAUGCAGCAGAAAUUUGACGACUCCGCAGAGGAUAUAUUUAAGACGAACAUUGAGCUGAAAGUAGAGUUGGAGUCCAUGAAGAGAGAGCUGGCUGAGAAGCAGGAGUUGCUGGUCUCUGCCUCGGAGGCUCUGGAGAGCCUGGCUGGAAGGGAAUCGGGAGAGGCCUCUCGUGCCAGGCAGCAGGCGCAGAGGGAGGUGGACCAGCUUAAAGACGACUUCAACACGAGAAUCCAGCAAUUAGAGCAGAGUCUGAAGGCGGCUGAAGACGAGGCUGAGAAGAUGGCGGCCAUCGCCGAGCAGGGGAAGGUGCGCAACAUUGCCAUGGAGAAGCAGCUGCAGGCAUUGGGUCUCUCCGGCGCCUUCCAACCGUCCCCCGCUCAGGACCCACACCAAGGCCUGCGGGAGAAGGACGGCAUUAUUGAGCAGCUGAAACUUUCGUUGAGGAACCAGGAGUCUGUGAUUGAGCAGCUGAGGAAGGACUCUAAUGACCAAGGCCCUGGGAGUGUGCCAGCAUCUGAACGUAUCACACAGCUCUCUGCUCUCCUGAGCCAGAAGGACCGGGAGCUUCAGGCUCUGAGGGAAGGUCUUGAGCAUGAGCGGGUCAGAACUGAAAGGGAAAUGCAGGGCUUUGCUGACGGGCAGAACGAGGUGACGCGGCUGGAAGCUGCUUCCAGGCAGCUGGGCGAGGAGCUACAGGGCACCAAGGGUACCGUCCAACAUCUGACCAAGACCCUGGAGGAUAAGGACAGCCAGAACAAGAUUCUGAGUGGUAGACUGGAGGAAAUGGAGAGGGAGAUGGUCUCUGAGAAAAAGAAUGCCCUGAAACGAGACAAAACCAUCCAAGGCCUGACUCUGGUACUGAAGGGGAAGGAGAAGGAGAUAGAGGAGCUCUGUCAUGAGAUCGAGGACAGGGAUGAGGCUCUAGCCAAGGCCAGGGAUGCUGCCCACAAGGCCCAGAUCCAGAAGUACCAGGGGGCUGAGGAGCACCAGAACCUCCUGAUGGACAAGCAGGCAGAGCUGGCCCACCUGCAGCUGGAGCACCACACCAAGGCCCUGGAGGCCCAGAAGCUGCAGCGCGCCCUGGGCCGGCGCGAGCAGGAGCUGGGGGACCUGCAGCAGGCCAAGGAGCAGCUGGAGGUGGAGCUGGAGGACCUGCAGCAGCAGAAGAAGAAGGGAGACAAAGCUCUCAAUGACCUGAACAACCAGCUGAAGAAACUGAGCGGAGAGAUCGGGGAGAGGGAGAGCGCCCUGGAGCAGCAGUACCUGGCCCUCCUGGACGAAAGCAAGCGGAAGCUCCAGGGUCACGAGGUCACCAUCCAGCGGCUCACCAGCAGCCUCAGCGAGAAGGAGCUGCAGCUGCAGGAGUACAUGAACAUGCUCAAUGACCAGCAGAACAGCAGAAGCCCUGGAGGCGGGGAUAGCAUGCUGGCUAAGCUGCGUGAACGGCUGAAAGAGAAAGAAAAGGCGCUGGAGCAAGCGAUGGACGAGAAGUUUGCCGCUAUCGAGGAGAAAGACGACGAAAUCCGGCAACUCCGUCUGUCCCUCAGGGAAAAGGAGCGGGACGCGGAAAGGCUGAACAACCUUCUCUCCCACAACAAAGAGGCCAUCGACAGUUUAGACGCUCUGGUUAAGGAGAAGGACGUGGGGCUCCAGCACCAGGCCAACGUGUUCGAAAACCUGCAGAGGGCCAAGCGGGAGCUGGAGGAGCACCUGGCUCGCUCGCUGCGGGAGAAAGACUCCAUCGUGGCACAGCUGCAGCAGUCCCUCCACACCAAGACCAAGGACAUGGAGGACAUGUCCGACGCCCUGCUCAGCCAGGCGCGGAGCGGCAGCGGGGACCUGGCAGAGCGGCUGGCCCAGAGGCUGAAGGUGGCGGAGGCCCGGCUGGCCGAGGCGCUGAGGGACCGGGAGCGGCUGGUGGCCGACAACGAGAGCGCCGUGGACGGGCUGCUGGCCACCAUCGGCAGCAAGGACCAGCUGUACAAGGAGUCAGCGGAGCACUAUAACCGCACGCUGAGCGAGCGCACGCAGGAGCUGCAGGACCUGAGACGCCAGCUCUCCGAGAAGCAGCAGCAGCUGGCCGCUGCUGAGAAGCAGAGCGCCGUGGCCGCGCAGGACAGGGGCCUGGAAACCGCCGAGCUCAAGGCCCGGCUGGCCCAAAAGGACGCGCUCAUCAAUAAACUGGUGGAGAGGGGGCAGGAGAGGGACCGGUUCCUGGCAGAGAUCCGGCUGAAGGAGGCCCCGGCUCCCCAGGUGCUGGAGCUCAGACAGACCAUCGAGGUGCUGCAGGAGCGUCUGGAGGAGAAGGAGGCCGAGCUCUCGAAGAAGGACGACGAAGGGAACGUCAGCAAAAUGGCGGCGCCCAAGAAGACGGCUUUGAUGCUGAAGAAAGAGCUGGAGCAGAAGACUGAAGAGCUGAACAAGGCACUGAAGAGAGAGAACGAACUGAGGAUCGAGCUAGCCGACCUGCAGGCCUUGCUGACGGACCUGGAGAACCGCAACGAGGCCCAGGCCGUAAACAUCGGGUCCCUGACCAGCACCCUGGAGACCAAGGACGGCAUCAUUUGGGACCUGCAGGAACGCCUUGGCAAGCGGGAUUAUGGCAAGCAGAGCAACUCACAUGCUCAUGGGCCCAGCCCCCCAGAAGAGGGACCCCGCCCUGGCCUCCCACAGAGGGAGAGAACCAUCAUUGGGGGCAACAGCCAGCAGGAGACCCUGCCCUCCAUGGCAGCCCUGCUGGCACACCUGCUGGCAGACCACCAGGGGCUGAACCAUGCCCUGAAGGCUGAACAGCAGCUCUACUCCACCCUGGUGAGGACCGUCAAAGACCAGGACGGUGCCCAGCGCCUGCAGGCCCUGCAGAUGGAGCUGGCUGCGGUGCAGCUCCUGAGGCAGAAGCUGGAAGAGGGCGUGCGCACCAACGAGGACCUGCGGCACGACCUGGAGAGGGAGAUACAGCGGGCCAAUCAGAGAGAAGGGAGCGGGGCUCAGACGGAGGCGGUGGACUGUAAGGAGCUGGAGAGCGUGAGACACCAGCUGGAGGACGCCCAGCGCUGGAACGCCUCCCUGCAGGCCCGUCUCGGGGCCAUCCAGAACCGAGGAGGGGGGGUCGGGGGAACCAACGACACGGCGGACACGUUCAGCUUCGUCGCGGAUCAGACCUCGUACAUGAGCAUCUGCGUGGGGGACGGGCCGGAUGAGCUGUCCAUGGCUGAGCUCAGGCAGAAGGUGGUAGAGCUCCAGGACUACAUUAAUGAACUCCAGGCGCUGAACGCCGAGCUCCAGAGGAGAGCCUCGUUGACUGACCCUCAGGAAAAGGAAAGGGAAGAUGUGACGAAGCUCGCGUCCCAGGAGCAUUGUGAGGGGGAGCUGGGGCAAGAUGUGCCUACUAACAGGGCGCACCAAUCACUGCGUGAUGGGGAGAGCCAAUCCACCGGCCAGGAGCAGGUGAACGGUCAGUGGGUGGAUGGGAGCACUCAGCUGUCUGGCAGUAAAAGGUGUGAGGGAGCCCUGCUGGAUGUCACCACCUCCCAUCCCCCCAGAGGCAGAGACAGCCUGAAGUGCUCCAGAAAGAACAAGCACAAGUGGAGUGAGGAGGACCAGGACAGGGAGAUGACGAUGCUCUGUUCUCUCUUGCUGGACCAUGGGGUGUCAUCUGUCACCCAGCUCAGGGACGAGAUGCAGAGGUUGCAGGCUGAGAACAUCGACUUGAAGGGCCUCCUGAAGGAGGAGAAAUCCACUGAGUCCAAGGAGAGCGCGGACAGCUCCGGGGACAGCGACGGCAACAAGGACCUCCAGAAGGUGGUGGAGAAGCUCAGGGCCGAGGCUAAGGGCUAUCGCAAGGUCGUCAAGCUCCUCAAGGAGCAGCUGGAGCUGAACUCCUCCUCCGGCGGCGAGUCGGGCUUCAACCCGGAGCUCAUCGUGAGCAUGGCCAGGGAGAUCGAGAGGCUCAAGGCCGAGCUGGAGGCCCAUAGGAGAAGAGCAGAGAGCCUGGGGAGCAAGCUCCUGGAGAUGGAGGCUCCGCCGCUGGUGACCGAGCCGACCCAGAGGAAUGUCUGUGAGAAGGACGCCUCGCCCAGAAAGCAUCAACAUCCAGACCUUCUUAAACAUUCGACUAGUACAAGGUCCCGCCUCCCGGUUCCCAUAAGGCCCAAUCAUUUGUUAGGAAGCAGCAGAAAGGCGGGCAGCCUGGCCAAUGAGAGCGAGUCACAGUCGCUGAGGGACGAGAGUCAUCUGAUGGAGAACACGCAGCUUCAGGGGCACGGUCUGCCAAGACUGCUCGACUUGGAUGGGCCGGGCCAGAUGGGCGUGGUCCCACGGAGCUCCCUCUGGCCAGACUCCGAGCAACCCUCAGAUCUUCACGCGGGCUCAGACGCGGCGCUCCGCAGUCAACUGGAGCUCCUCCACGGCGAGUGCCAGGACCAGGAGCGGGUGAUCGCCCGGCUGGAGGAGCGGGCGGCGGAGAGCGGGGAGCUGCAGGCGGCGCUGCUCCAGAAGGAGAGGCUCUGCCGGGAGCUGGGCGAAGCCCUGCAGGCUGCCGAGUCCACCAUCGCGUAUCUCACCGCCUGCAACCUGGACAGCCAGGGCAGGGACCACCAGGCCCACGACUCUGAGCUCCAGGCUCAGUUCGGCCAGCUGCAGCAGGCUCUUCAGGAGAAGGACGACCUGAACCGGCAGCUCCUGGAGCGGCUACAUGUAGCCGAGUCCUCGCUCGCCUCUCUUGGCGCCUUCACCGUAGACGCCGCCGCCCUAACUGCCUGCACUGACCCCCAGGAGCUAGCGCGCCAGCUCCAGCGUGCCCUCCAGCCGAGCAGCAAGCCGUCUGCACAGCCUCCCACAAACACAGAGACGGUCGAAGACCUGCAGGUCAGAGACCCGGGUGUGCACCGGCAGAUCGAUCAUCUCCAGGAGGCCCUGUGGGAGCAGAGUCGGCUGAACGCCGAGCUGCAGGAGCGGCUUCGUGCCGCGGAGCAGAGCACCCACAGGGACGGCGCCCCCAAUCCCGGCUCCGACCACAGCGGACGGGGGGAACAGCCCCGGAAAGCCCCGGAAGCACAGGGCAAGGAGCAGAAGGAUCGGCACGAAAUGGGCGGCAAUAAAAGAAAAGACACGAAGGGCGCAAAACUGAGACCGCAGCCCGGAGAGACGCACGACGACCCGCGCUCACCAGACCAGCUAAUCCGAUGGCUGGUGGCGUACCUCCAGGCUGCGGAGGGCUGUGUAGCGUCACUCAGUGCCUUCUGUGUGGACGGUGGCACCCGAGACGGGCCGAGGGGGCUGGCAGAGCUUCGGCAGCAGCUGGAAACGCUCCAGAAGGCCGGUAGAGAGAAGAAUCGCCUGCACGAGUUCUACGCGGACGAGUCAAACCAACCUGGAGACAAACCUGCAGGCCGGCAGGACGCAACCACAACCGCAACCACAACCGCAACCCUACACGACAACAUAGGCCUCAUUCAGGAAGCUCACGCCGAGAGCUGGCGGGUCAUCUCCGAUCUACGCCAAGCCCUCGAGGACCAGAAGCAGCUCGCUGGGAACCGUGAGGGCCAGCUGAGGGCCGGUCUGAGUGCGGCAGGGCCAGCUCACGCUCAGGGGCAGCUGGAGUCCCUGCAGAAGGCUCUGAAAGAGAAGAAGCGCUCGUGCAAAGCGCUGGAAGAAAAGCUGGCUGCAGCUCACGCCAUCAUCGCUCGACACACUCCUGCACACAAGACCCACUGCGCGUCCCAACAAACGACCUCUCUGGAGCAGGAUGACAAAGGGGUACAGGUGGAUUUGCAGGACCUGGGUUACGAAACCAGUGGAAAGAGUGAAAACGAAGUGGAUAGGGAGGAGAACAGUAGCACAGACAACGACCUGGGCCUACAGCUGCACCCCGGCGAGUCCAACAUCUCCGCCCUGCUGCAGCAGGUCCGUGGGGUCUUCUCCUCCUCCACGGAGAACCUCGAGUCCAACUCCAGCGCCUCGUACCCGAGCUCGCCCACCCUCAGCUCGCCCCAGGCCGGGCCGAAGGGUCUGCAGGCGUACGAGGACCGCGGCCAGACGGACGGCGCGGACCGCCUCAGGCUGCAGGUGUCCGAGCUGAAGGGGCAGCUGGAGAACCGGCGCAGGCUGAUCCACCACCUGCAGGGCCUCCUGCGGCGCUGCUCGCUGUCCGGCGACCCGCUGACCGUGACCUCUGACCCCGGACACUCCGACGCGGGGAAGCACGACUCGGGGCUCGGGGACGGGCAGGACCACGCCUCCGGGGACCUCGGCGCGGAGCUGACCCGCGGGGAAGAGGAGAUGCGGGCGAUGGAGGACCGGAUCGCGGCUCUCACGGCGGAGCUGGAGAAGGAGAGGGGCGUGAGCAGGAGCCUGACGGAGCAGCUGCAGCACAUUCAGCUGCGCAGCCUCUCUGCGUCGCCGGCCAGGAUGGACUCGCUGGUGCAGUCCCAGGCCCGGGAGCUGUCCCACCUCCGGCAGCAGAUCAAAGAGAGCCGGGGCCUGGGCGGCCUGCAGCGGCAGCAGCUGCAGGAGCUCCACCGGGCCUUCGAGGAGCUGCUGCAGGCCAGCGAUGUCGACUACUACAUGGGGGAGGUGUUCCGCGAGCAGCUGGACAAGAGCCUGACUCUGCUGGAGCGACUGGAGGACCGGCUUGAGAACGGUGAUGCCCAUUCAGAUAAUGAGGACAGUGCUGUGCUGGAGCUGGCUCAAAGAGAGUCGCUCUGCCUGUCGCUGGACAGUCCCAGUAGCGUCCAUCAGCAGGUAGGCCUCCUGCGGACGCAGCUCAGGUAUCUGGUGCAGCAGAACCAGGACUUAGCGGAGGCUACUAAGGAGCAGCUGAACCUGCUCUCCAAGGAGCUGCAGGACAAGAACCGCCUGGUGCAGAGUCUGCAGAAGCAGCUGCGAGGGCAGUCUCCCAGCAGCCUCCACAGCUCCGACUCUGAGCCCAGCGACCGGGCCUCCACCUACACCGCCAGCCCCACCUCCACGCACAGGCUCAGCUACGACCGCGCCUUUCAAGGAGUCAAAGGGAUGAAUGAUUUAGCUGCUGUAGACCCUGCUUGUGGCGCUGCUUCUGGGAGAUCCACUAAUUCAGGGAGCGGGAGAGAGAGCGGGGCCGCCUGCCUGGCUCUGGGUGUGGGGGAUGCUGGGACCGACCCGCGGCAUGCUGGGACAGACCCACGGCAUGCUGGGACAGACCCACGGCAUGCUGGGACAGACCCACGGCAUGCUGGGACAGACCCGCGGCAUGCUGGGACAGACCCACGGCAUGCUGGGACAGACCCACGGCAUGCUGGGACAGACCCACGGCAUGCUGGGACAGACCCGCGGCUGCAGGACCUGCAGAGGGAGAACAGCCGGCUCCUGGAUCAGCUGAGGAGCAGCGCGCAGCUGAACGAGACUCUGCGCAGCGAGCUGGACCUGCACUGCUCCAUCCUGACCCACAGGGACGAGGCCGGACCGGACCGGCCUGACUCCACCGCCCCCAGAGAGGGGCACCGAGGGUCUGCCGCCGGGGCCCUGAGCCCUGACCUCCUGGCUGAGCACCUGCAGGAGAUCCGCAGCCUGAGGAGGCGUCUGGAGGAGACCAUCCGCACCAACGACCGACUCCGGCAGCAGCUGGAGCGCAGGCUGGCCGAGGUGGAGAAGGACCCAGCCACCAACAUCUUCAUCCACGGCACCGAGGACCAGGGCCAGCUGGCCAACGAGCUGCGCUUCCUGUGGGGCCAGAACCAGGCCCUGAAGGAGCAGCUGAGCCUGGGGUCACGAGAUAAGCAGAAGGAGAACGAGAAGCUGAGGGAGUCUCUGGCCAGGAGGACGGCGAAGCUGGAGUACGUGAGGACCGAGUUUGAGGCUCUGAAGAAGGAGAGCGGCCGCUUGCAGAGCAGAGUCUCCGCCACGCUGGAGGACAACACCCGCCUGCAGGAGGCGCUGCGCUGCGGCCGGGACCAGAUCCACAGGCUCCAGAGCGAGAUUAACAUCCAGAGGCAGCAGCUCAUGGACAACCACCAGCUCCUGCAGUCUCUGAGAGUGGAGCUGCAGGUGUAUGAGCAGAUCGAAGCUGACUCAGACCAGCAGACCGGUGAGUGUGCACCUCUUCCCCUCUGCCCCGGGCCUGUGGACCUGGGGGAGCUGCUGUCGGAGAUCCGCCACCUGCGGCUGCAGCUGGAGAGGAGCAUCCACACCAACAACGCCCUGCGGCAGAGACUGGAGGAGCAGCUCCUCAGGGGCCCCAAGCAGGAGGGCUCCCCCUCCAUCCUCAUCAACUACCUCCUGUCUGGAGAGGCCAGGGCCCCUGCUGGAGACGACGGUGCUAAACCCCCUGCAGGCGACUGCUGUGACCCCCCCCAGGGCUCCGCCCGCACCCGGGACCCCUCCGCUGUGCUCCACGAGGUGAAGAGGCAGUUGCGUGGGGAUCUGGACGGCUUGUCCCAGUGCAGCGAGAGCUCUGGGGACAGCACCUCCCCAGCGCCCUCGCGAUUGGUCCCCGGCCACCGCAUGUGGGCCAAUAAGAACGGGCGGCACAUCCUGGGUCUCAUCGAGGACUACAACGCCCUCCGCAAGCAGAUCUCUGAGGGCAGGAAGCUGACCCACGGGAUGGACAGACAUCUGCAGGACUGCUUCCACAGCCUGUCCCAGCACGACGCCCAAUCCCAGGUGCUGGACCAGCAGCUUCUCAAAGGCUUUUCUACGAGCAUCAACACCAUGCAGCAGGUGCUGGAGGAAGCGGGCCGGCUGCUGAAGCUGGUGUGGAGAGUGUCUCUGCCCUCCAGCUUCACUGUGGAGGGCACACACAGCCACCCGGAUGAGCUGUUGAUGAACGAGGUCUCCAGGCUGAAGAGCAGGCUGUCGCAGCAGGAGAAGAUGCUGAUGGGAGCAGUGAACCGCCUGCGCUCCACCAACCAGCUGAAGGAGGGCAUGGAGAAGAUCAUCAUCGAUCAGUUAUCAUUAACCCACGGCGUACUCAAGAAAGCCAGAGGCAACUUGGAGACAAAUUAUGUUUCACGGUUUGGCCUUAAAGGCUUACCAGGAACAACUGAAGGUCCCAGUGAAUGGACAGUGACCCCAGUAGAUGAGGGAACCGGCCCCAUGUGUACGUCUACCAGGAGUUCGGUGUGACUCUUUCAAUCCUCUAAGGGACAGCACAGCGACACCUCCGACCCCCUUCGCACCUUGUAGCUAUUAAACCCCUCCCCAGUGCCUUCCUCCCGUUUUUAAUACUGUUCAAGGUACGCACUCGGCAAAUCUUUGGGAAGUGAGCCGUACUUGCACAUUUACAAAUAUUUUACCCUAUUUUAAUAAUGAAGUUGUAAAACAUUUCAUCAGCAAUUAUGUAUAGGUUCUACUUUUUUGUAAAUAUUGAGCUCGUUUUAAAAAUUUGUACUUAAGUUUUAUUUUUUACAUGCCAGACCUGUUAUUUUUUGCUACCUUGUUUACCUUGAGAAAUAGUAGAUGUGUUUGACAGUUUGUUUAAAUGUUUCUUUACUGGGAAAAGCCUUUCCUCUUGAUUGUGAGUGUUCAUUGACCCGGAGAAAGAAAAAAAAAACAGUUGAAAUGGUAAGGAAAAUGUGUAAACCUACGAUGACAGCUUUGCUUGAAACAUUGUCAUUUAUCAGCUAGUCUGCAUUUAGAUGGUAUAGGGAUUUUUUGUUGUUAAUUUUACCUCUGGAAAAGGUACCAUUGAAAAAUACAUAGGAGUUGAAAGCAAUAACAUUUCAAUAUUUAAACUCUGUAAACUUGCAUUCUUCAGGUCAUGACUUGCCACCCAAAAUGUUUGAGGAGCGCAAGCCAGCAGAUUUAUCUGUAAGAAAUGGCAGAUGUGAUACUGAAUCAUAUCGAUAACUGUACAUAAGAGCUCAAUAAAUCAAUUUUCAUACCA